AUGUUUUGGCCCUUCAUAAGUCGAUACCCAGAGCGUAGAGUCGCCGACGUGGCUGGCAAGAGCUACGACUACAUCAUAGUCGGGGACCCCAAUGUUAGCGUCCUCGUCAUAUCCAAGGGCAAAGUCAAGGACGACUGGUUGAGUAGCAUGCCCAUUGUUGGCAACGCAAGAGAAAACUACGGGUCAGACAUCGAUACCAUCCCUUCAGAACCCGACGAACAAUGGAACGGCGUUCCGGUCAGAUACUUCGCGUCGCAGGCGCUCGGCGGGGCAUCCAUACACAACGGGCUGCAGUACACGCGCGGACCUCCCGCCAACUACAACCACUGGGCAGCUCUCGGCAACGACCAAUGGAGUUUCGAGAAUAUCGAGGAAGCAGCAAAGGACAUGAAUUUGCCCGUGCGAAACGACAUCAACAACCCGGACGCCCCGCCAGAAGCCUUAUUUGAGAUCGAGCACAUGAUCACCAAGACUGGACAUCGCAACUCCGCCCAGGUGGGCUAUCUGCCCAAGUCGCUUGUGCUGGAGCGCCAGGAAACCCUCACCAUUUGCAGCGGCGCCGUGGCCACGAGACUCCAAUUCAACCAAGAUGGAACAGAAGCGAUCGGUGUAUACAUCUUGGAUCGCCUUGACCAAAAGUCGGCGAAAGAGUGUCUUGUCAGUGCAAAUAGGGAGGUCAUUGUCAGCUGCGGUGCCCUAUUCAGCCCCCAGUUUCUCAUGCUGAGUGGAAUUGGCCCCAAGGAACAGCUUGAACAACACAAGAUCCCCUUGGUGCGAGACAUGCCCGGAGUAGGAGCAAACCUCAACGACCACAUCGCCUUCAGCAUCGCCUUUCAAGUCCGCCUCGCUGAUUCUUACAUCCGCCUACUCAACCCUCUAAUUGCCAUCUGGCACCUUCUUCUCUUCAUAUUCACGAAGACGGGCAUUUUCUCACGUUCAGGUGCUCGACUGUGCGCCUUUCUUUCCAGCGAGAAUAUCGACGAGAAGACCAUGACGCUGAAGCCACCCAGGAAUGCCUCCGAUGAGCAGCGCAGGAGGGAUCCGCAUCUUCCAGAGAACGCCCCCGAUGUGGAGCUUCUGUUCAUCAACGCGGCGUUCGACUAUGAGAGGGGAAAGGGGUACUGCGGCUUCCAGACGUGUCUCGUCCAGCCAUUUUCAAGGGGUCGGAUCGAAUUGGCGUCUUCAGACCCCCUGGCCUUUCCCAAGUUUUACUCUCAGUUCCUCACGGAUCCGCGCGACUGGGCGGUGGCGCGAAAGGCAGCCCGUUUCGCGAUGAACUACGUCGAGACGUUCCGAAAAUCCAAGUAUCCUUUCAACUCCACCUGGCAUAUUGCUCCUGGAGUCCAGCGAGGAAGUAUGGAGGGCAGUUGGAAAGACGUGUCGGAUAAGGAGAUGGACAGGUUUCUCAGAGAGCGGCUGCUCAACUUCUAUCACCCGACCUCAACCUGCCAUAUGGGCUUGGAGAAGGAUGGCGCUGUCGUUGGCCAGGAUUUGAAGGUUCACGGGUUCAAGAAUCUGAGGAUCGCAGACGCGAGCGUGUUUCCGAUGGUCACCAGUGCCCACACCACGGCACCAGUCUACAUGGUUGCAGAGAGAUGUGCUGAUUUCAUCAAGAAUGAUUGGUCGAAAGAGAGUCACUGA